GCCUCAACUACGGGGUAAUUGAUGUUUCAAAGACUCACUCCAUCCCCUUCUUACAAACUGGAUGCGGCGGGUGGGUGCCUGUAUCAAAAUCAUUAACGGUGGUGGUAGCAGUUUCUCGUCUAGAUUUAUGGAUGUCAAUUUAGUUCAAAUUCCAAGUAAAAACAACCAAAUGAAUCAGUAGGGUUUAAAUAAAUAACAGGAGCAGAUUGAAUUAGGGUUUUAGAUUUCUUAUUGGUAAUUCCAAAUGGAGACAAGUUUAGAACAGAUUUUGCAAGACGGGAAGUUGCUUCGUCAGGUUAAUGACUUGAUCGUUGCACAUCUUCGCGACAACAACCUCAAUCAGGCUGCCAUAGCGGUUGCUUCGGCUACAAUGACACCAUUGAAUGUGGAAUCACCUCCAAACAAGCUUAUCGAGCUUGUAGCAAAGGGACUUGCAGUGGAAAGGGAUGAGGCAUUCAGGGGAGUUGCUCCUGCAGCUGCUCUCUUUGAUUAUGGUUCAGCAGCUAUACCUGCUGGAUAUGGAUUGGUCCCCCCACCUCGUAUUACUUCUGUUGAUUUCAGUGCUGUGCAGGAUACAAAAGGGGCUUCCAAGAGUUUCCCAAAACACGAAACUAGACAUGUUUCAGAGCAUAAGAAUGUUGCCAGAUGUGCAAGAUUUAGUCCUGAUGGACGAUAUGUUGCAACUGGAAGUGCUGACACGUCAAUUAAGCUAUUUGAGAUUUCAAAAAUCAAGCAAAUGAUGUUGCCAGAUACAAGAGAUGGUCCGGUGCGACCCGUAAUAAGGACAUUCUAUGAUCAUUUGCAGCCAGUAAAUGAUUUGGAUUUCCAUCCUCAAUCUACUAUAUUAAUAUCUGGGGCCAAAGAUCACACUAUAAAGUUCUUCGAUUUCUCAAAAACAGCGGCGAAGAGAGCUUAUCGAGUUAUUCAGGAUACUCACAAUGUGAGAUCUGUAUCUUUUCAUCCGUCAGGGGAAUUUCUUUUAGCAGGGACGGAUCAUUCAAUUCCACAUCUGUAUGACAUAAACACCUUCCAAUGUUACCUAUCAGCAAAUGCACCAGAAAUUGGGGGUAAUGGCGCAAUCAAUCAGGUCAGGUAUUCAUCUACCGGUGGCACCUAUGUAACAGCUUCUAAAGAUGGUGCUGUGAGGAUUUGGGACGGGGUAACCGCACAAUGUGUGCGCUCCAUGGUUGGGGCACAUGGGUCAGCUGAAGCCACCAGUGCAAGUUUCACCAAGGACCAAAGAUUUGUUCUCUCCUGCGGGAAGGACUCCGCAGUGAAACUUUGGGAGGUUGGUACAGGGAGACUAGUCAAACAAUACGUUGGAGCUACUCAUACACAAUUGCGCUGCCAGGCUGUUUUCAAUGAAACGGAAGAGUUUGUACUAUCCAUUGAUGAACCGAGCAAUGAGAUUGUUGUCUGGGACGCUUUAACUGCUGAGAAAGUUGCAAGGUGGCCGUCUAACCACACUGGCGCACCACGUUGUCUGGAGCAUUCACCAACUGAGUCAGCCUUUAUCUCAUGUGGGACUGACAGGUCAGUUCGAUUCUGGAAGGAAACACUUUAAGCGCUUGAAAGAAAUGCUGUGCCAUACAACCAAAGAAUGCAGAUGGAUGUCUGGCUUUUCAAUUUGAAGAACAUUUAUCUCCAACAAAAUCCCAGUGUAAAAACUGAACACUAGCGAAGAAAACGUGGUCUUAUAGAGAGAACGAAAAAGCCAGGAUUAUAGAGAGUCUGCCAAUUGUGACUUUUGACUGGGCAAUUAGAGGUGUUUGUCAGUUUGCAGUUGUAGAUUGUAGCUUGCAUCUGUAAUCUUGUAGGUCUCAAUAUCCAAAUAUGCUCUAUAGAAUCUGUUUUAGCUGCAUAUGUUUUUUUUUGCAUGAGAUGUUACUUUCUUGUUUUGUUGUAAACCCCAAACAGAAAUUGACCCUCUGUUGUGCAGUUAACUCUCAUUAGUUAUA